AUGCCUGGACACUGGAUCACUGACGGCCGAGGUGCAGGCUCUGGAAAGCGUCAAGCGCCCCGCCCAUUCUACGAUCACAGCUGCGACGACGCGCAAUCAGACCACAGUGAGACUCCGAUUUCGCUUCGAAGGGCAAGAAGUUUGGUCGUCCCUGCCAAAAGGCGUCGAGUCGCCGUCUCAGAGAGACUGACGGCUCGCAAACAAAAUGUUGAUGUAGCACUGAUGGAGCGAAUUCACAAUCGAUUAGCCAAAGAUCAGAAACGUAGUGUUGAUCGUGUUGAGGAGGCGUCGCUGGCAUGUGCGCUCCUUUGGGCAUACUGGGCAUCUCUAGAAAAAGACCUGAAGACCAAAUUUGGCGCAAAAUCUGUCUCGGAGACGUCUCUGCCUGUUGUUAAGGAGCAGGUGGAGAAACUGAGGGGGCUCCUCGCCGACCUUCGCUCUAGCGUAGGCAAGGCGUCAGCUUGGAUUGAUCUCGCUCAGGAGUCCGCAGCCGCCUUGGCCGACGACGAUGACGGCCUGGAAUAUGUAGACCCGUAG